AUGACAAUUAAAUAUUGCUUUGAAGCUGUAGACAGAAGCCUUCGUGAUAUUAUGAAAAGUUUCCGAGAAGAAUUGUUAGCAAAGCCUUUUGGAGGGAUAACUACUGUGUUAGGAGCUGAUUUCAGGCAAAUUUUGCUAGUUAUUCCCAAGGGUGAUAGACAAGACAUCAUUCAAAUUCUUGACAUUGGAAAUGGAAAACAUUGCCCAAAUAGUGGAAAAGCAUGGGUAGCAAUAGAUCCAGACUUGAUGAUUGAAAAUACUGAUAGUGGUGUUCGCUCUGUUGUUGACAACAUAUAUCAAGAUUUGGAGGGUCAUGUUGGAGAAUCAAAUUUCUUAGUGCCUAGAGCAAUCUUAACUCCAACAAAUGAGAUGGUUGAUCUAAUAAAUGACCAUAUAUUCAAAAGGAUACCAGCUGAAGAAAGCAUCUAUUUCUCUUCUGAUUCAAUUUGUAAAGCGAAUUUUCAUGUUGAAGAUCAAGACCUACUUUAUUCAACAGAGUUCCUUAACGCACUUAAAUUUCCAGGAUUUCCACCAUACACUAAAGUUGAAAAAAGGCGCUACAAUAAUGCUUCUUAG